UAUUCUAAGGACAGAUGGCAUUGUGUCACUUACGAUUCUUCUCAUUGCCAUCACUAAGCACAGAUGGCAUUGUGUCACUUACGAGUCUCCCCUAACACUACUCUCCUCACAAACUUCACUCCCAAACCCAAACUCCACCAUAACCGCUUAGCCUCAUUCUCCCUUCCACACUCUUCCUCUUCAACCACCACAACUGCAAUGGCUUCCACCGCUCAAAAGGUCCUGGUUCCGAUCGCCGAUGGGACCGAGCCCAUGGAAGCUGUCAUCACCAUCGACGUCCUCCGCCGUUCCGGAGCUGACGUCACCGUCGCUUCCGCCUCCAACCGCCUCUCCGUUCAAGCCCUCCACGGCGUCAAGAUCCUCGCCGACGCUUCCGUUUCUGACAUUGCCGCCACCGCCUUCGACCUCGUCGCUCUCCCUGGAGGGGUUCCGGGUGUUGACAAUCUUAGAGACUGCGGAGAUUUGGAAGGGUUGGUGAAGAAGCAUGUUGAGGAUGGACGGCUCUAUGCUGCAGUUUGUGCUGCUCCUGCAGUCGUGCUUGGGCCGUGGGGUUUGCUGAAUGGAUUGAAGGCAACUUGUUAUCCGUCGUUUAUGGAACAAUUGGCUUCUUACACCACUUCUGUUGAGUCAAGGGUACAGCUUGAUGGCAGAGUUGUGACCAGUCGAGCACCCGGCACCACAAUGGAGUUCGGUGUUGCGCUAGUUGAGCAAUUGUAUGGAAAGGAGAAAGCUGAUGAAGUUGCGGGUCCACUGGUCAUGCGUUCCAAUCAUGGUGAUGAAUAUACUUUUUUGGAGCUAAACCCAGUGCAAUGGACAUUUGACAGUCCACCAAAGAUUCUUGUACCAAUUGCUGAUGGCACUGAGGAAAUGGAAGCUGUGAUUAUAAUUGAUAUUCUGCGAAGAGCAAAGGCAAAUGUUGUGGUUGCGUCUGUUGAGGACAAACUGGAGAUUGUGGCAUCACGUAAAGUUAAACUGGAGGCAGACAUUCUCCUUGACGAAGCAGCUAAACUUUCAUAUGACCUUAUUGUGUUGCCAGGUGGACUAGGUGGUGCCCAAGCUUUUGCAAAGUCAGAAACCUUGGUGAGUUUGCUGAAAAAUCAAAGAGAAUCAAACAGAUAUUAUGGAGCAAUUUGUGCAUCCCCAGCUUUAGUCUUGGAGCCCCAUGGCUUGUUAAAGGGUAAAAAGGCCACUGCUUUUCCUGCCAUGUGCAAUAAAUUAUCAGAUCAGAGUGAAGUUGAAAACCGAGUUGUAGUUGAUGGCAACCUUAUUACCAGCAGAGGUCCAGGAACUUCCAUCGAGUUUGCUUUAGUUAUUGUGGAGAAGCUCUUUGGACGCAAGUUAGCACUAGAACUUGCAAAGACAAUAGUGUUCACAAGUCCAUAAAUUGAGGAUGUUGAACCUUGAAUGAGUUGUAUAUUUAAAUGACUAGUUCUUUAUUAUGCGAAUGUAUUAGAGGUCUGUGUAUGAAUAAUUGCGGAUAUUGAACCUUGAAUGAGUUGUAUAGAACAAAGAGAAGUGGUUGUUGAUCUCA